GGUGGAGGCUUGGGGAGCCCGGCAUAAAGGCAGAGGGUGAGUGCCCUGAGUUUGGCCUGGGAGUCGUGGGAGGCAGUGGAGUGUCUGAAGAGAGGGUGAAGGGUAUGGGCGACCUGCACAGACUUGAAUCCCAGGGGCUCCUCAGCAGUGCUGUGAAAGGGCUGUCGCUGGCUGGGACCGGCCUUAACAGAAGGGAAAUGCACUAUCUCGUGUCUUGCGAUCUGGGUCAGCAGCUCAGUCGUGUCAUCUGGGAUGCAGGCUCCUUUCAUCUUUCUCCUCCUCCAUUUCAUAGCUCCAGGUUCACCACUGCACAGUAAUGGCCAGAGCAAGAAAGGGAUCAUUGUGCCCUGUGCCCCCUUCUUAGGCACCAGGUAGACUUUCCCUCUGUCUCGUUGACCAGGACAAAGUCAAAUAUGUGUCCCUAGUAGGGAAUGUGGUGAGCCUAAUGGCGUGGGCAGCGACAUCCCCUUACUGGUGAGAUCCCAGUUGGGGAACUCACUCCACAGAAACAGUUUAUAAUGAGAGAACUCUCUUUGCAGCAAGGUAUUCACUGCAGCAUCAUUUGUAAUAGGAAAAAGCUAGAACACUUCACAUACCCUGACUAGGGCCUAAUUGAGUAAAUGAGGUUUUAUCAACUUGAUGGAAGAUAAUUUUGACACUGAAAAUACAGUGGACUCUCAUAACUCCUGGAUUCUGUAUUUGCAAAUUCACCCACUUGCUAAGAUGUAUUUGUAACCCCCAAAUUAAUACACUUGGCACUUUCACAGCCAUUGACAUGCUCAGAGCAGCGAAAAACUUGAGUUGCCAGACAUGAACACACAUUCCCAGCUGAGGUCAAGCAAGGUGCCACUCUGCCUUCCUGUUUGAGUUCUUGUGCUAUAAGGUGUCCUUUUUGAGGUCCCCUUAGUGCUGCGUGUUCAGAACCAAACUCCCACUCAUUUUGCAUGAACAGAACCAAACCCCCAAGGGAUGCUACGGUGGCAGGAACAUGUGCACAUCUGUUUGACAGAGCUGUGACUCGUGAGGCAUUUUGCAGAGCAACUGCCUAAUGGGGUCUGAAGCACAGCCCCAGAAGAAGACUUGUCUUGUUUUUUCCCUUUUUUUUUUUUGAGACAGGGUCUCUCUCUGUCACUCAUGCUGAAGUGCAGUGGCAAAAUCAAGGCUGUCUGCCUCCCGGGCUCAAGUGGUCCUCCCAUCUCAGCCUCCUGAGUAGUGGGGACUACAGGCAUGUGCCACCAUGUCUGGGUAGUGUUUGUAUUUUUUUAGAGACAGGGUUUUGCCAUGUUGCCCAGGCUGCUUUUGAACCCUUGGGCUCAAGUGAUCCCCACCUUGGCCUCCCAGAGUUCUGGGAUUACAGGUGUGAGCCACUGCACCCAGCUGUUUUUUCUUUUUCGGGAGUGUGCAUCCAAGAGCUAUUUGGACACCCGUGUUCAUAGCAGCAUUAUUCACAAUAGCCAAAAGGUGGAAGCAACGCUAGCGUGUAUAAGCAGAUGAGUGGAUAAACCAACUGUGACACACAUAUGCAAUGAAAUAUUAUUCAGCCUUGAAAAAGAAGGAAAUUCUGACACAUGCUACAACACAGAUGAACUUUGAGGACAUUAUGCUAAGCGAGAAAAGGCAGUCACAAAAGGACAAAUAUGACAUGAUUCCAUUCAUAUCAGGUACCCAGAGUAGACGGAAAGUAGAAUGGUGGUUGCCAGGGACUGCGGGGAGGGAAGAGUGGGGAGUUGUUGUUUAAUGGGUACAGAGUUUCAAAUCUGCAAGAUGGAAAGCACUCUGGAGAUGGAUGGUGGUGACGGGUGCACAACAGUGUGAAUGAACACGAAUGCCACUCAACUGUACACUGAAAAAUGGUUAAGAUGGUUGAUUUUGUUAUAUAUGUUUAACCACAAUUUUUAAAAAGAGAGAGAGGUAUAUAGUAGACAAGAGAGCCUGGACUUAAACAACACGCACUCUGCACACCUGAAUGUGAAGGACAAUCGUUUCCUUCAUCCUGAAACAUCACAAUGGCAGAGGGAGCCUUUGGGACAUCCAGGUUCCCGCUGUGGGCAACGCCCGUGUGUGUCCUUUACAGAGCCCAUUACUGCCUGGCCCGUGGUGGGACCAGGAGACCCCGGCUCACCUGUGUGCUGAUGACAACAGCCGCACCCAUCUUGACUGGGGUCUUUUCCUCUCAGCCUGAAGUUUUUUAGGCUUUAUGAAGCCUGUGGUCACCAAAGCACCAGGGAAGAGAAGGAGAGGCAAAGCUGUCGUGAAAAUUAAGACAAGCAGUAAGAAAAGGAAUUUGGGGUUGGCACUACAUGAAACCUGCCAUGCUGAAGCAAUGCCCAGCUAUGCAGAAAAACCUGCCACCGGGUACCCACCCCUGGCACACCUCUUUGCUUCUCAGCAACUUGUCUGCCCCACCCCAAACCCACACCUCCCAGCCAUGGCCUGGAGCCCUGGCCACACAGACCUGAGACCAUGCAUCUUUUUGACAUAUCCUUCACGGUUCCCAGGGCGUCAUUACUCAGGCAGCAACUGUCUCAGAACCUCAGCAUGUGAUCCCGGCCCCUGCAGCAGCCCCUCUCCCACCCAUGAGGGGCUUCCAGAUGCUCUGUUCAGAUAUUUGGGUUCUGGGUCUGGAUCCUGGUAGCCACCACCCAGGUAGCAAACCCAUUGCUGCAAGGAUGGGUGAUGUAUUUCUCACUCACCUUGUUUCUCAUCUCCCUGGUGUUCCUGUUGUCUUCCUUGUUUGGAUUUUACAAAAGAUUUGAAUCCUGGAGAGUUCUGCCUGUACCACGGGACCACUGGCAUUCUGUACAUGAGUGCUGCUUCCUACAAGUACAUGUCAUGAUCAUGUCUGAGGCCCAGGACCUGAGAAACUACUGCAUUAACACGGCAGCCUUGUUCUUCGCCUUCGUCACCAUGCUGUUCUACAUUCUCCAUGCCUUCAGCAUCUAUUACCACUGAUGCACAGGCACCAGGCCAAGGGGGAAAUGCUCUUUGAAAGCCCUGAUUAUUUCUCCCCGAAAGCAGCUUCCAACGCUUGCCAUCUGGAUGAUAAAACAGAAGAUCCACUAAAACAUCCACAGGAUUAACAGAGCUUCCUUGCAGACUAAGCGAUGACACCACACUUUGGACAUUUAAAUUCACUCUACUGAAUAGGAGGAAGCUUUUAUUUUCCUUUUCCUGGGAAAGUAACUCUCUCUUGGAAUUAUCUGACCGUGAACUUGCUCUUCUAGCAAACUCACAUCAAAGCCCUCACUGUUGAGAAUCCCAGCUCCACUGUCAAGCCUGUUUGGGGAUUUUGCCUCAGCUGUGGGCUUCCCUAGAGUAGGUUCAGGGGAAUACUCAGCCUGAUUAUCUUAAAAUUGAAGAGGUGCCACCAAGGCCUUCAGAUCUAAUGCAGAUCCACAGACCUUGCUCCUGGUACUUGUUCAGCCUGUGCUGGGGAGCCAUGGUCCUGAGUUCCCGGGGAGGCUGACAGGGUCAAGCCACCCUGCCCACCACCCUCCCACUUCCCCUCCCCUUUCCUCUCCAGCAUUGGGAUCCAAGGAAAAUCUGCAUGAAGCCAAUUUUGAGGGUAGGUUUGUGUGGAAAAUAAAUCAUUAUACAGUAAGACCUGGGGCUUGAGGGGUGGGGAAUGGGGAGGGAAGGGCAUAGCCUGCUCCUCCAUGAGUCUGACAUCUCAGAAACUGCGCAGCUGCCGGACGUCUUGGUCAGGACUCCAAGACCCCACCUCUUAAGGACUAGAAAAUGCCUGGUUCCUCAGAAAAGACCCUCAGGGAAGAAGGUGAUAGCAUUACAUCCAAGGAUUCUCCUGCCACAACCGCAUUGGAAGAAAAGGCUGCCGCAUCAUCUCAGCGAGGAGUGAAGGACCCAUGUCCCAGGGACCGCGCUCCUCCACCUGCACUCACCCCCCUCACAUUCUCUUAAGCACCCGGUGGCCCUUCGAGGCCUGGCGGAAUGGUGGUGCCCACGGGGUUGGGCCAGGGCUCAACGGGCAAAGUUGUGCACACUAAAAUAUCAAAUCAAGGUGCUUGGUUUUAAAGUAAAUGUUUUUCUAAAGAAAGCUGUGCUCUUCUGCUGACCCAGACGAGUAGGGCACAGCCCUGUAACUGCACUUGCCUUCUGUCAUUUGGAAUGAAAUAAAUUAUGAGAAAGGGACUUGUCUUAACUGAUUCGAGUGCUUACAGUUUAGUAUCAACCUUUUUCUCCUCCUGGGGUUUGCAAGGGCAGGAACAGAACUACAGGAGUCCUGGGAAAGAAAAUUCUGGCUUCAUUACUGCUCACUGCUCACUUUCUGAUCACUCUGAUACUUUUUUUUUGCAACCUGAUACCUUGAAAAGCCACCAUGUGUCUCCCUUUUGUUGCCGGGCAGCUGUCUAGGAUGAUCACUGUUUAAUAUUUACUAAGUAGCCACAUGCAAAUAAAAGUUGUUUGUGUGGUAAAAAGGA